CAACGGUGCAGAAACUAUUCGAGUACCUGGUACCUAAAUUUGUCGAGACGUUCGCGGACAGUUAAUCUAUUUAUUGCUAAGAUGCAUCCAGGGUCGUUGACCUAUGGUAUGUCGCUCGAAUAAUUUUAGGCAGUCACGAAUUUGGAAAUUAACCGUGCCACUGAGCUCGAAAUUAAAAAGGAGGAGCAUGGUCAAGAUCAAUGAAUACUAACCACACGUGUCUGUUCUUUUUGAUCACGAAUGAUUUGCGUUAUACGAUAUGUUUUCAAUAUUUAUUCUCUUCCAUUUUCUUAUUUCAUAAAUUUUCGGAAUACAAAAUAUAUUAAAAUGAAAAACGAAAAUUCUGAAUAAAUUUUUGAAUGUAGAAGGAUGAUGAUAUAUGAUGAUAUAUGAAUUUUUAAUAGCAUAUUAAUCAAGAACGAUCUAUAGAUCUAUAGAUCUAACGUCUGUUAGAUUAUCUAACGCACGGUGAUUUUAUAAUAAGUUAAAAGACGUUCAACAGAAAGAUUCAAACAUCUUGGAAUACAUUAUCGAUUGUAAAUUUGCGAAGUGAAUUUGAUUAUUCGACGACCCGAUUUCUGGUGGUAAAUUCCGCGUGGAAUUUUGAUUAAGACUUGCCAACCGAAUUCGCCAUCAUGAUUUAUUUAUACGCAUGUCCUCAAAUGAAAUAAUAUUGGAUUCGUAUCGAAGAAAGUCGCCUUUGCCGAAGAUUCUCUAUCAAUUUUAACGCUGUUCAAAGCAUAAAAUAUUAUACGUGAUGUAUUUUGCAAUAAAUGUAUACGUGAUUUAAUAAUCCAGCCGAUAUUCACUUAGAAUACAACUUCCUUAAGGUAAAGAGAUUAGUGUUAAUAAAAAAACUCGAAGGAACGUAUAUCCAUUCGAAGAAACAAUGGAGAAAGGGAAGAAUGAUGAUUUUAUUGUGAUUCUUAUUUCAAGUGAGAAAUCUUUUGAUUAAAAAAUAUUCUAAAUUAUAUUAGAAACUAUAUUGAAAUCGAGAUUAAUUGUGAUUAAAGUUAAUAUAAUAUCAUAUACGGAUUGUUAUUAUUUAUUUUUUUUUCUUUAUCAACGAAACAAUAUAUUCUUACGGAAAUGUCGAGUUCACCAGAUGGGCGGAAGGCCCCUCCUCCGAGGCUGAAGAUUCAACUUCCUUUACCAGGGCAGUAUUAUCCGCAGACUGGUAUGGGAUACGUUUCAACCCCGUAUGGUCAAACUCCUAUGCCGAUGACACCGGUUUCCGGUCAACCGCAGAUGCUUUACGCGAACAAAGCCAGCGAAUUUGUAUUUAGCCAGUUCAAAGGUAUCAAGGAUCUGACCAAAUCUGGAUUGAGCGUCGGCGAGAAGAGCGCAUUUUGGCUUUACGAGAAGGUCAGUUCCUGGAGCAAACGAUGGUUCACGCAUAUUUUCUUAUUUGUUAUCGUGCUUUUGUACAGUAUUGGAGGCGCGAUGAUAUUUGUCACGAUCGAGGGAACCAACGAAGAAGUGGCGCAUGGUAACAUUCGAAAAGAAAGGUGA